UACAGCGACUGUCGUGCUAACUAAGCUAGCCCUUUAGCUCCGCUGUCUCCUACACGGCAGGCUUGACAGCAUCCGCAAGGUUAGCUCGGUUCGGUCAGUUGGCUAGCCUCUGGCUCGUUUCCUGACCUGCAUCACCCACAGCGGCAGUGACACACCAACUUGUUAGUUAACCCGUUCAUAGAAAUGCAUUUUACCGCCUCGGAGUGAUGUAAAUGUCGGUUAAGUGAUGGUAACUUUGUGUUUUAGGGGUGAAUUAUGCUACAGCGAUUCGUCAACACAAGCAACGCAAUGUCUCCGUCAGUACCCCUGCAGGAGAUGAUCCGGGCCAUCCGCUCGGCCAGGACCCAGUGUGAGGAGCGGGGAGUCAUCCAGAGGGAGUGCGCCGCCAUCCGGGCCCAGUUCAGACAAGCCGACAACGGUGGGAGGUCGCACAACCUGGCCAAGUUGCUCUACGUGCACAUGUUGGGCUACCCGGCUCAUUUUGGUCAGAUGGAGUGCGUGCGAAUGAUAGCCAGCCCGCGCUACAGCGAGAAGCGAGUGGGAUACCUGGGAGCCAUGAUGCUGCUGGAUGAGAAGCAGGACGCCAGCCUGCUCAUCACGAACUCUAUUAAGAAUGACCUCUCCCAUAGUAACCAGUACGUCCAGUCUCUGGCUCUGUGUACACUGGCCUGUAUGGGUUCAGCUGAGAUGUGCAGGGAUCUGGCUCCAGAGAUUGACAGGCUUCUCCGAGCCUCCAACUCCUACAUAAAGAAGAAGGCUGCUUUAUGUGCUGUUCACAUUGUGAGAAAAGUCCAUGAUCUGGGAGAGCUCUUUGCCCCCGCUGCCCGUUCCCUCCUCGCUGAGAAGAACCACGGUGUGUUACAUGGUGCUGUGGUGCUCAUCACUGAACUGUGUGAACGCAACCCAGAAACACUGGAGCGGUUCAGAAAGACAGUUCCAGAUCUGGUUCAGAUCAUGAAAGGUCUGGUCAUUUCAGGUUAUUCUCCAGAACAUGAUGUGGCAGGAAUCAGUGAUCCCUUCUUACAGGUACGCAUCUUAAGGUUGCUGAGAAUCCUUGGGCGCAACAACGAAGCAGCGAGUGACGCCAUGAAUGACCUCCUAGCUCAGGUGGCGACCAACACCGACAGCACUAAGACUGUGGGGAAUGCUGUGCUGUAUGAGACUGUUCUCACCGUACUGGACAUCAAGUCAGAAAGCGGCCUCAGGGUUCUGGCUGUGAACAUCCUGGGAAGAUUCCUGCUGAACAACGACAGGAACAUUCGGUAUAUUGCGAUGACAUCUCUUCAAAGGAUUGUUGGAACAGACCAUAAUGCAGUGCAGCGUCACCGGGGAACCAUAGUGGACUGUCUGAAGGACCAGGAUGCUUCUGUUAAGCGCCGUGCACUGGAGCUCUCCUUGGCUCUGGUGUCUGCUACCAACAUCCGCUCCAUGAUGAAGGAACUGCUUCUCUUCCUCUCCUCCUGUCCCCUCGAGCUCAGAGCUCAAGCUGCCAGCGGCAUUUUUAACGCUGCUGAAAGGUAUGCUCCCUCCCAGCGCUGGCACAUUGACACCAUCCUGCAUGUCCUCACCACGGCAGGGGGCGAUGUGAGAGACGAAACGGUUCCCAACCUGAUUCAGCUCAUCACCAACACCUCGGAGCUGCACUGUUACACCGUCCACAAGCUGUACCGGGCUCUGCUCAGCGACAUCUCUCAGCAAUCUUUGGUCCAGGUGGCCUGCUGGUGUAUAGGAGAGUACGGAGACCUGCUGCUGAGAGGAGAGUGUCAGGAGACUGAACCUGUGCAGGUCACAGAAGAUGAUGUCUUGGACGCCUUGGAAACGGUUCUACAGUCCCACAUGUCGGCCCCGGCAACCAGAGGUUUUGCUCUCACCGCCACCAUGAAACUAAGCACCCGCAUCACUGAUAAUGUCGAUCGGAUCAGAAGCAUCGUCAGCAUCUACGGCAGCUGUAUAGAUGUGGAGCUCCAGCAGAGGGCAGUUGAAUACAACGCUCUCUUCAAGAAGUAUGACCACAUGAGGGCAGCAGUGCUGGAGAGGAUGCCUGUGAUUGAGAAGAACUCUCCAGGUCACACCAACGGGGAGUCGACACGGGAGGCUGUGAAGGAGGUCCAACCAGCCAAAGUCAAACAGGCAGAGACGCUGCUGCCACAACAGCCUGCUAGCCAGGUGUGUGAUCUUCUGGACCUCCUGGGCGGCUCUGAGGAGCCUCUGCAGCCCAACCCAGCAGUAGGCAGCACAUUACCUGUCCUGCCCGUCAGCACAAGCAGCACUGCUGGAGGAGACCUCCUGGACCUGUUGGGAGGGUUGGAGCCCACUCCACUCACACCAGCUCCCACAGUCACAGUGUACGAGAAAGGCGGUGUGACUUUAACACUAAGUAGUGAGAAACAGUCAGACUCGGGACUAACUGUGACACUUACAGCCUGCAACUCCACUGACUCAGACAUCAGCAGCUUCACCCUGCAGGCUGCAGUGCCCAAGAGCGUCCAGUUACACAUGAAGGCCCCCAGCGGGGACUCGCUUCCUGCACGAGGUGCCGCUAAAGUGACCCAGAUGGUGGCCCUCAGCAACCCAAACAAGGUUAAUCUGAAAAUGAGGAUCCGCAUCUCCUACACCAGCCAAGGAUCAGCUUUUCAGGAUACAGUCCAGGUCGACUCCUUCCCUGAACACUGACAGCAGACAGUCGGAGCAGCGGCAGCAGCAGCAGCGUGGAUCAAUCAGCAGGAGUCUCUCUGCUGACACACCCUCCACGCUGCUGUUUCUCAGAAAGCUGAUUUUCUUGUUUUUAUGUCUAAGGAACACUGUUCUCUGACAGGAAUUGUAUAUUUCCCCCUCUUCUCCAACUGAAAUACUAAUAUAAUUACAAGCACAGACUUUGAAACUUGCAGGUGUUUUGUGGACAAACUAAAGGAGAGGGAUUCCAAUGACAGCUGUACGUACAGAUGUUGUCCAUUAGGUCCCAUUCAGGGUUUUUGUUUACAAGCUGCUACAGCUGAUUGUAUUCAGUGUUUCUCUUCAUAAUUAUACACAUUUUGUGGCUUCUGUCAGUGGAACCUACCAGAUCAACUUCCUCCCCACACAUCACUCCACAUAUGCUCCUUUUACUAUUUAAAGUAGGUGAACACUAACAAAUGAGCCACAGUAUGAAGUUCUUGUAUCCGGUACACUUGAUUUUAUUGUGGAAUACAUGACUUUGAGAUUGAAGGGUGGAGGACUUUAAACACAACAUUAUGUGCUGCAUUCAUGUGUCUUCUGUUGAUUCCUUUUAUUUUCUUGCCUCGUUCGACUGAGCAGCUCAGAAUAAUCAUCUCCUUAUUCAUUCCUGUGCCUUUCAUCUCCUCUCAAAAAAGGUCACUUUUAGCUUCAGAGAAUAUUUAUAUGUAAAUUAUGAUCCCCAUACAAGCAACACUCACUUUCCCCAACAUAAAUCCAACUGUCUAUUGUUUACAGAGGCUCCUAACAGACUUUUUAUUUUCUCAAGACUGUGUACAGUGAGAACAAACAGAUACGAUGCUACCUACAAGAUGUAUAUUUUAGAUAUUAUACAUAGAAGCACAACUAAGUCUAUGGAGAACACAGCCAUACUAUAAUACAACCCCACUGUUUAAAAGAAGGCUGUAAAGUAACCUUUUGGUGAAGCCAGAUUAGAACUUAUUUCAUCGUCACAGACCUCUUUUAAAAAAACCCUCAUGUCAGCAACGGUGCUCUAAAUGGACUUCAGUGGAAUUUCUACCAGACUGUUUCAUAUCACCACACUGACCUUGAGAAAAGACCAGAAAUAAUCUUCUGUCAGCUGUUUAGUCUUUGAACCUUCAUUCUCAUGUUGUUUUCUAAUAAAAACAAAACAGUUUUCAGAAUCCUCA